GCAACCUAGGUAGCUGCACUAUCACGAUCGAGUGCAAAUCGUGCAGAACCUGUGUGGUAAUCUUUCCAAGUUGAGAUAAAAGCAUCUAAAUCUUACAUGAUCUAUGGUUAAAGCAUGAUCAAUGAGCGACAUGAGCAUGUUUAGUGUUUUAGUAUGAAUUGGGAAUGUCAAGAAUUCAUAACGUCACGUGCCUGAGUUUCAUCCAUUUUUCAAGGCCAGUUUCAUCCUUUUUUUUGGAGAGAAAUGAGAAUGACACAACAAUAGAAAUAUUAUGAGAAAAGUGAUAUAUAAGAAUUUGUCUCGCCUAUGCCUAUAAGAUGGCUGCUUGGAUCAACAUAACUACAAAACUGGAGCAAGGUUUGAAGAUAGUGGCUCGAGUGGAUAACAGCAAAUUUCGGCUUCUCGUCAACCGCAUAUGCCAGACUCUACAGACCAGCAUUGACACAAAGGUGUUCAGUGAAGAGGAAGAAGAAAAGCUGCUAGUUUCGUUAGAUUUGACGAAAGAUGAAUUAGCUGUCCUGCUGGAUACUAUUACGUCUAUCUAUACGCAGGCUGCAUGUAACGUUGUCAAAUCAUCUGUCAUGGAAACAGUCAUGAAAGACAAUUUCAAAUUAGAUGAAGAGAAAAUAUCGAUCUUUACAAAUGCCUGGAUGACUUAUGGAAAAGGCAUUGUGGAGAAUCUUAGGCAACAGUCUAUUUUUCCUAUUCAGGUGAAAGAUAUCAACUGGUGCCUAAAUGUGCAAUCAUCGUCUUCUGCAAUUUCCAAAGAUGCACAACCUGUAGCGUUGCUCCAACUAGGUCUUACUGGUGAUAAAACAUCUACGUUAACAACGGAGUUUGACAAGAAGCAAUUGACAGAGCUGUAUUACAAUUUAGAGAAAAUUCAAAGUCAGCUAGAUGCUCUUAAAUAAUAGACGGUACUCCAUCUCCAUGAAUCUUCUCCACACGCGGACUUCUGUUAGGCAAGACAUUUUCGAGGCUCGCGGUGUGACUGUUGUCUUCGACGAAUUGAAAAUUGAUCUUCCCUUGAUUCACGGUGUAUUUCUCGCUGCCUGAUCUCGCGUUCUGCUUCCUCUCGCCGGGAGGUAAGGUUUCCAAAAUUUCGGGCGUUUUACGGAUAAAUAUUCGCGCCUUGCACACCACCAGUACCACGACUAUUAUCAUCAGGAAGAGGAUCACGGCCGUCAGGGUCCCCACGAUCCAUCCUAGUUUCUCAUCUGCGCGCAAUACAAGACGUGCGGAAAAUUAUCUCUCGUGUUGGCGACAAAUAUUAAAAAUUACAAUUGUGUAAUUUAAUUAAGAAGAAAUAUAAAUAUGAGGAAUUAAUAUAGAUUUCUGA